AUGUCUCUCGGUAAACAACCUAAUGAGCACAUAAAGAGGCCGAUGAACGCCUUCAUGGUUUGGUCCAGAGGUCAGAGGAGAAAAAUGGCACAAGAUAACCCGAAGAUGCACAACUCUGAAAUAUCAAAGCGACUGGGCGCAGAAUGGAAACUGCUUACGGAGAUGGAGAAGCGUCCCUUCAUCGACGAAGCCAAGAGGCUGAGGACUGAUCAACUGAAAUCCGAAGAGAGAAAUCGCGUGUCAGACUACGUCAAACAAUCUGCAAACAGAGAGAGACCGCAAGACGCGCUUGUAGCCCCUCUGGUGUGGUGGCAGGUGUCCAUGGGCGACGGUCAUCACUUACCGGUAUCAGGUGAUCCAGCGCUCCACAUGAAAGAACACCCGGACUACAAAUACCGGCCACGAAGAAAGCCGAAAGCGUUAGUGAAGAAAGAGCCGAAAUUCGGUUUCGGUAUCAGCGGACUGAUGGCACCGGUGCCGCGGCUGGUGGCACCCACCGUGCCGCACCAGAUACCGGCACUGCCGAUGCCGCAUCACCUGCUGCAAGACAAACCCGAUCUGGGGCGAGCUCUGUUCCCGCCAUUGCCGUACCCUUUCUACCCUUUUGCGAAAAUACCGUCCGACGAUGGCAAGUUAGCUGCGGAGUUAGCACAUUUACAGUACCAGUCGUUAUUACCCAAAAUAACAAGAACUUCAUUCACAUAUAUGCAGCGUAUUCUUUCACCAGAAGAUAUAAGAGCAGGACAGGGCAGAACGCCCGGUUUUAGCCACUGCCCCCUUUUUGGCUAUUUGGCACUUUCGUAUAUUACUUUAUCAUGAACGGUAAUAACAAAACUAAUGCAAUUGCAAGUUAUGAUGUGUCAAAGUUUCCCCGUAACUUAUAAAUAGCCAAAACUGGGUCAUUAACUUAAAAAUUACCAAAACCGGAUCAUCGGCCCUACAUAGUAUUUAUUUUGAUAUCGUUAAUAAUAAUGUUUCUUUUACUAGGCAUUGUACGGAGGCGCGUUAUACAGCAGCGCACUCUACAACAGCGCGCUGUCACCGUGCGGCUGUCCCCCUCGCCGGAGCCCGUCGCCUCCCGCUGACGUCAAACGUCCCUUAGCAUACGUACUUAUGAAGAGUGACGAGGAACCACCACAGCACGUCAUAUGA